UGAUGGUUAAGGCGGGCUCUCGCUCUUAGACUUUGUGGAGCAUCAAUUUCAGAUAUUCUAAUUCCUGGAGUUUUUACUCGUCUUCAAGUAACAUCGACGAAGAUGCAGCUCGGAUGGAGGGAGUUAUUUCUGAUCCUUACAGCGCUUUCCUGCUGCAGUGGCCUCCAGGUUACAAUUGAAAAGGAAGAAUAUGAGGUUGCAAAAGAUGGUGAUAUUACCUUCACAUGUUCAUUCGUCCCAGCCAGACCAUUCAAUGCACUCGUCCUCACGUGGGGAGGUUUCCCCGAUGAAGCUGGUGAUCCAAUGAAAUCUGUGGCAACCUUCUUUCCAAACCAUCCAGUUGACAUUGCACCUGCUUAUGAAGGCAGAGCCUUUAUGGAAGUCGACAUUGACCGCAGAGUGAGCACUCUGCGCUUAACAAAGGUGACCAUGCAGGACAGCCGCCAAUUCCAGUGCAGCGUCAAGAUCCCCAAUGACGAUGAGGGAAUAACUGCCGCCAUAACUUUCCUUUUGGUCCUUGUACGUCCUUCUCCACCAAUCUGUAGGAUUCAGGGAACAGCAGAGUAUGGGCAUAACAUCAGCCUUACCUGCCUGUCGGAGGAGGGAUCCCCACAACCUUCCUAUAAAUGGAAGAGCCACAGUGUUGAAAACAUUCCCAGACAAUUUCCUCCAAAGACAACUGAAAAGGAUGGAACUUUAUCCCUCUUUAACGUUUCAAGAGAAAUGUCUGGGUUCUACAUUUGCUCAUCAACAAAUCGAGUGGGCUCUGCCAGCUGCAACCUUACCUUAAGUGUGGUGCCAGCCAGCAUGAAGAUUGGAUCCACUGCAGUUAUAAUUGGAGGAGUCCUAGCAGGCGUUGUGUUACUGGGUAUAGUCAUUUUCUGUUUCUGCCGGAAAAAGGGAAAAAAGGAUGAGCUUGCUGAAGGUUCCCCCGAAGAAAUGGCGCAUUUCGACAAAGAUGCUCCUGGCGCUGAGCAGUACUUGGAUGACAAAUCCAACACCAAGCAGUACAAGGAUGAAGACAAAGAUGUUGUACCUAAAAGCAAUCGCAGCGUAGGAGCAGCUGGACAGAAGCCUGAGGACGAUCAACACAGCAGUUAUAGUGGUAAAGGAAGAAAUGACGGCAAGGGCGGUGAUGUCGACUCUCAGCGUUAUCAGGAUGACCGGCACGAUCAGAAUCAAGGCAGUCGCGAUCGGCUCGAUGAAAAACGUAACCAAUACAGUGGCAGUCGUGAUCGUCUUGAUGAUCAACGUGAUCAUUACAGAGGCAGUCGCGAUCGCCUUGAUGAACCACGUGAUCAGUACAGAGGCAGUCGCGAUCGCCUUGAUGAACCACAUGAUCAGUACAGAGGCAGUCGCGAUCGCCUUGAUGAACCACGUGAUCAUUACAGAGGCAGUCGUGAUCGCCUUGAUGAACCACGUGAUCAGUACCGGGGCAGUCGUGAUCGCCUUGAUGAACCACGUGAUCAGUACCGAGGCAGUCGCGAACGCCUUGACGAACCACGUGAUCAUUACCGUGGCAGUCGUGAUCGCCUUGAUGAUGGACGCGGUGGCAGUCGUGAUCACAUUGCUUACAUUGAUGAUAGAGAGAGAAAUGGUUAUGAUUAGCUUGUGUUACUGAAAGUCAUUUAAAUGCUCUCAAAACUUUUCUUUUUCCAUACAGUUUUUUACCUUGAAUUUUUAGUGGCACACAGAGCAAAAUCUACAGGAGCAUGUACAAAAUCCCAUUGAUUUUAGAGUUAACACAGGUAUUCAAAUAUUAUUACAGGGGAUGUGGGAAACUCGAAAUGAAAUCUUCUAAGCCUGUUCCAGUAAUUCCUACAGUGAAAAUCUUAUUAUGUAAAGGACAGAGAAUAAUGUUUCGAAAUACUCUUAGCACUUCUAUUGUUUCUAGAACAACACAUUUACACCUUACAUAUAAUGCAAUUAAUCUACUGUUGUGGUUUUGCCAUUAUUAUUCAAAUAAUUUUCAGACAAUAAAAAAAAGAAAUAUUCAACAAUUCUUUCGUAAAAAACU